AUGGAUCAACCGACUGAACAAACAGCUGUUCUAGACAGCUGGGACCAGGACGAAGAUCAACUCCCGAACCCAGCAAGCUCAACAUCGGAAGUAAGUGGCCUAAACACGGAGCCGGAGAGCCUACCGAAUAUUUCAGAGCUUAACGUCAACGCUCCGACUUUUGUGCCAAAUGUACAUGCACCAGCUUUUGUACCUAGUUUUGCUGUUGAACCUAGUGGUACUCCUGUGAAUGACACAGAUAUAGGCCUAUCAGAAACUAAAGACGAGCCUGAGAAAGAUGCAGAAGAAGAGGUACCUGCCCCUGCUGCAAUCCAAGUUGCAAAGAAGAAGAUAGCAAAAGUAGAAAUAGAAGAUGUUAAGAAGGAGAAUGUAAAUGUAGUAUUUAUCGGCCAUGUUGAUGCUGGUAAAUCGACCAUUGGAGGCCACAUAAUGUUUCUAACUGGGCAAGUAGACAAAAGAACUCUGGAAAAGUAUGAAAGGGAAGCACGAGAAAAAAACAGAGAAAGUUGGUAUUUAUCAUGGGCCCUUGAUACAAAUCAGGAGGAACGAGACAAAGGGAAGACCGUUGAGGUUGGUAGAGCUUAUUUUGAAACAGACAGAAAGCAUUUCACAAUGCUAGAUGCACCAGGCCAUAGGAGCUUUGUACCAAACAUGAUUGGUGGCGCUGCCCAAGCAGAUUUAGCCGUGUUGGUGAUUUCAGCCCGUAAAGGAGAAUUUGAAACAGGAUUUGAAAGAGGAGGCCAGACAAGAGAACAUGCUAUGUUAGUUAAAACUGCUGGUGUAAAACAUUUAGUGGUUUUAAUAAACAAAAUGGAUGACCCUACAGUUCAGUGGUCAGAAGAAAGGUUCAAGGAAUGCCAGUCUAAACUUGUUCCAUUUCUAAAGAAAGUUGGUUUCAGUCCAAAAAAAGAUGUUUACUUUAUACCAGUAUCGGGAAUGACGGGUGCGAACCUCAAAGACCUCUCCAGUCAGUGUCCCUGGUAUUCGGGUCCUUCAUUUAUUGAGUAUAUUGAUGAAUUAUCUAUAUCUCGCCUUCCUGUUGAUGGCCCAUUUAUUAUGCCAGUAGUAGACAAGUAUAAGGAUAUGGGAACGAUACUGUUGGGUAAAAUUGAAUCUGGAGAAAUUUCUAAAGGCUCAUCACUAGUGUUGAUGCCAAAUAAGACCCCAGUGGAGGUGUUAACUAUAUUGGUUGAUGAUGAUGAGAGGAACAGCGCUACCGCUGGUGAUAAUGUCAAAGUCAAAGUCAGAGGUGUUGAAGAAGAUGAUGUUUCCUCCGGUUUUGUUCUAUGUGACACCAUUAAUCCAUGUCAUACUGGACGAGAGUUUAUUGCACAGAUUGUGAUAAUUGAGUACAAAUCAAUCAUCUGUGCAGGAUAUAAUGCAGUCUUACACAUCCACAGUGCUGUAGAAGAAGCACAAUUAUCUUCUCUGAUUGCUUUAGUGGACAAAAAGACCGGUAAUAAAACAAAAGGACCACGGUUUAUUAAGCAAGAUCAAGUAGCAAUUGCUUGCUUAACGACGGCUGGUAUCAUCUGUUUAGAAACUUUCAAAGACUUUCCACAAAUGGGAAGAUUCACAUUGAGGGAUGAAGGAAAGACUAUUGCUAUUGGGAAAGUUCUAAAACUCAUCAACUAAUGAGGUUGACUCAAGAUGUAGGGACUUGGUCAAGUAGGGAAGUUACUGAAACAGAGUAGAGGUUGAGGAAGCAGCAGAUACCAACGUCUACUGAGUAAUUUUACUGAGUAUAUUCCACCAGCUGGCUUCAAUUGAGAUUAAGAAAACUCUAAUAAACUUGAUACACGUUUUUUAAAAAGUAUGAGCAUGUUUUUUUGAGCUGGAAUAUGUAUGAUGCAAAAUAGUUGUUAUCAUUAUCUGCAGAUAAAAUUUUGGGAGUAUUUUAUUGCUAAAUAUAAUGAAAAUUUAUGCCACGUCAAUAAUAUUUUUUGCUAUCUAUGAGAUUAUUAGAUGCAUGUAAGUCUGUAAUGGUUACAGUGUAUCUGUUGAUAUAAUGCAUUUUGAUUCAAAGAAAACUCAACCAGAUUCCACUGCCCUUGGGCUGCUGAGUUGCUAUGUAUAUAUGAAGUUUAUGUAUUAGUGAAUAAUACAACAGUGAACCUCAAAAUGAUAAAGCGA